GAAAAAGACACUAGCAUGACAGUCGUCAGACUACAACGAUAAUUAUCAUCAAGGCACUUCUUCACAUUGCUGCAGUUCACUGGCUCCUUAGGGCAGUAGUGACAACAAAAUUUCUAAGCUCCGUCAUUUUGUUUAUCGGGCUCAUGAAAAAAAAGAAUCGACUGCGCGUUUUGCCCUUUAUUCUUUUCUUUAGUCUUCAUAUUCAUCUUUGUACAUUUGCAGUGUUUCUUUCAUUAUCACUUUUUACCUUUCAUUUAUUUUUCAUCCCGCUCGAGUGUCCCUGUGGUCGUGCACGACUGGCUCUUGCUCAUCUUUUGUACAUUUGCAAAGUUCUUUGUUUCAUCUUGGAACUGUGGAGGAGUAGGUUCUGUCGGGAACUGAGGCUUGUGGACAAGAAAGGGAGAGGUGAACUGUGGAGGAGUAGGUUCUGUCGGGAACUGAGGCUUGUGGACAAGAAAGGGAAAGGUGAACUGUGGAGGAGUAGGUUCUGUCGGGAACUGAGGCUUGUGGACAAGAAAGGGAGAGGUGUAGGUUCUGCCGGGAACUGAGGCUUGCGGGGAACAAGGGAGGGCAACCUCCCUUGAGGAACGAAGGAUUCAUAAAAGUCAGUCGACUUGUCAGGCAACAUCAAAUAAACUUGGUUUCUUAUUGUACUUUCUUAAAUAAUGUAAUUGUAACUAUUGGGCAGAUCGAGUGACGAUUGUAAUAAACGCGAUCUUUA